AUGGAUAAAAAAUUAAUAAGUGAUACAACAAUUAAAAUAAAUGAUGGAAUUAAAUCUGUUGGUAAUAAUAUUGAAUACAAUGUCAGUAUAAGUGCAUCAAUAUUAUCAAUUGCUAAUAAAUCAAAAAUUUAUCAACAAUUUAUUAAUUUUAUUGUUGUAUUAAUGGCAAUUUUAUUUUUGAUAUUAUUUACACAAUUAAAAAGAGAAGUACUAAAUUUGGAAGCACAGAUUACCUCAACAAGUGUUAAUUUGGAAAAUUUAUUAUUAAAAUAUGAACAUUUAAGUCGUACUAUUAAUCGUAAUAAUAAUAAUAGAAAAAAUAAUGAAUUAAAUGAUUAUGAUGAUGAGGAUGAUACUGAUAAUGAUGAUGCUUAUCAUUCAAUGAUGUACAUGACCGAUAACAUAAAUAAUAAUGAUGCUGAUAAUAGUUUAAGUGGUCUAGCAAUUGUUGAAAUUGAUAACAAUCAUGAUGAUGAUGAUGAUGAUAAUAAUAAGCAAAGAAGCCAAGUCAAUAAAUCAAGAUACUCAAGAUCAAUUGUAACUGUUGAUAGUGAAAAUACAAGUGAAGGUACGUCGAUGAUUAAUAGUGAUGAUUUGAUGAAGGAUUUACGAGUUGGAAGAUCUAGGAGAGACGAGGCCAGAGGUAAACAACAACAACUAAAGACAAAGAGGAAGCUAAAAGGCGAUCGCAGGCGAUUGGGACCUUUAUUUGCAACAUUUAUUGGUGGUGUACCAGAACAACAUAUUAGUGAUGAUGGUCAUAUUGGACCAUGGGUUAAAAGAAAUGAAAGUGGUUAUGGUUUUAAUAAAUUUCAUCUUGUUGAAGAUAAAAAAUCAAUUGAAGUUACAGCAAAUGGAUUAUAUAUGAUAUCAGUACAGAUAUUUUAUCUUGGUGAAGCCAGUCAUUUUUCUUAUUGGAUAUUAUUGGAUUCUGAGGGUUAUUCAAAUACACGAAGAUUAACAAAAUGUUCAACAUCAUCAACUGUUGCUGCAACUGAGGCAUCUUGUCAUACAACUGUUACUGUACCAAUGAAAAGAGGUGAUAGAUUUCAAAUUCAACAACAAGAAAAAAAUAGACUUGUUAAUUUACAAGAAGGAUAUAGCUAUAUCCAGGUGAUGUUACUGUCGACUGAUCAAGGAAAAAAAAGAUCAUAAAACAUCAAGUCGACUUACUAGUCUUCAAGCAAUAAUAACAUUAAUAACUUUUUUUUUUUAUAUAUAUAUUUGCAAAUGGUUACCAGCCAGACAAUUGUGAUUGUUUCAUCAUAUUCAUGUUUUUUUUUUUUUUUUUAAUUAAUAAUUUUUAAUUGUUUCUUUAUUUUUUUAAUUAUUAUUAAUUUUUUUUUUCUUUUUUUCGUUCAACUCAUACCGAAAAUAGCUCAAAUAUUAUUACCAAACCGUUGACGUUUUUUUUUUUAUUUCGUACUUAAUAUCUAUGAUUUUGUUUAAGUUUUAUUUUUAUUUUUUUCUUUUUGAUAAAUAAAGUAAUGUUUUUUUUAUGUUUCAAUUAAUUUACUUGGUUUUAUUUAGUUUUAUUUUGUCGAUUGACAAGUAGUGUACCUUUGUUGUUUGCCAAGACAAUCGAAAAACUUGUUCAAGUUUUAUUUAUUUUUUUGAAAAAUAAUUUUCUUGAUACCAGUCAUGUGGUUAAUUGAACUCCAGUUGAUGAUGAAGAUGAUGAUGAUUUAUUAUCCUAAGAAAAAAUAAAAUAUAUAUUAGUAAAACAAAAAUAAGCAAAUUUCAAUUUUUAAAAUAACAAAAUUUAAUAUCUAAAUUAAUAAUUAAAAAAUAAAUUAUUCAAUUUAUCAUUGACUCGUUAAUGUUUGUUGUGUGAUCGUCAUUAAAAUUUCAUUGACAUUUA